AUGGCGAGCUUUAAACUAGGUUCACUGGGGGACGGGGACGCAGAGGAACACAAGGACACUUUGCCAUCAAGCCAGGCGAUGCACACAGGUGGUACCCAGGACAAGAUCAGAGACAGCCUCCGCACCUGCUACCAGCACCUGGAGAAGACGGGCCGGAGUUUUGCCACUGUCACCCAGGGGCUGGAGGGCGAGCUGCGCCACUGUGUUGUGGACACCCAAGUGAUACCAGUCCAGAUUGUGUGCCACCAGGAAGACAUCUCCUUGGAGUUCAGGAACCUGGCCAAGGUGUAUCAGGAUGUGAUCGCUGAUACUUGCCACAAGAUGGGACUGGGGAUGGCGGAGUUCUUGGAAAAGAGGGUCAAUUCCUUGCAGGACUGGAACAAGUAUUGCCAGUAUGCCAUUGGACUCUUUGUGAUUGGUUAUUCCCGUCUCUUCUCUGCAUCGAAGCUUGAAGACCCAAUCGUAGGACAGGACACAGAGCUUGCAAAUUCCAUCGGGUUCUUCCUGGAGAAAACCAACAUCAUUCGUGAUUACCUGGAGGACCAGCUGGAGGGAAGGGAAUUCUGGCCCACAGAGGUCUGGAGCAGGUAUGUCAAGAAGGUCUCGGAUUUUGCCAAACCAGAGAAUGCUGACCUGGCUGUUCAGUGUAUGAAUGAGUUGAUCAUAAACGCUCUCCAACACAUCCCUGAUGCCCUCAAGUACUUGUCCAGACUCAAAUCCCAAAGUGUCUUCAACUACUGUGCUAUUCCACAAGUGAUGGCCAUAGCCACGCUGGCUGCUUGUUACAACAACAAAGAAGUAUUUAGGGGUAUAGUGAAGAUUCGGAAGGAACAAGCUGUCACUCUGAUGAGGGAUGCCACCAACAUGCAGGCUGUCAGAGCUAUAAUGUCCCAGUAUUUGGAAGAGAUUUAUCAGAAAAUCCCAAGCAUGGACCCUUCUUCUAACAAGACCAAGGAGAUCAUUACCUCUCUUCAGAAAAUGAUUCUGCGCCAUGGCACAAUGGUGUCCCAUAAUGGUUACUCUAGCAUCUUCCUGAAAGGUGCCGUGCUGUUGGCAGUGCUGGGCUGGCAGUAUCUGAGUGCGAUGUCAAAGGUGUCAAAGGAAUGCACCCAGGCCCGAGAGAACUGAGGGCGGCCAUGGGGGAGAUCACAGGUCGGUGGCUGGGCAAUGUUUUGGGUUGUGUACUUUGUCUCUUUCUUUUUGGGGUGCUGUGCUGCAGGCUUCCUGGCCACCAUGUGACCUCUGAGACUGAUGCUGUGAAUGGUGUCUGGAGGUGUCACUUGGCCCAGAAAUACUGAACAUAAGAAUGGCCAUUUACUGGGUCAGACCAUAGGUUCAUCCUGGCCAGUACCUUGUCUAAUGGGGUGCAUACAGGAGUUCUGGAAAUCUUUUAGGGAGGUGCUAUAACUAUGGUGCUUUAGACAAAGCGCCAUGAGUUAGACCACCAUUGAAUCCAACAGGUGUUCCCCUCUUGGGUGAGGGGGGCUCAGAGCUUGCCUCUAGUGUCCCAGGUUAGCAGGAGGGCUUAAAUGGGGCUGCUGGACCACUCCUUUCCCAGCCCUGCCCCCCCAUAUCAGCCCAUGACUGUCAGAAAUGGCUGAGAAGGACAAGGGGGAUGGAGCCCAUCUUCUUCAGUUGGUGCCCCACUUCCAUGCCCCUACCCAACUACUCCUGCUGCUGUUUCUUAAUGGGUACUGACUGCUGCCAUGGUAAUGCUUAUGGGGCGGGUGGCAGGGACCCCACACUGCCAUGCCUCACCCAGCUCCCCCCAACACCCCAGCAGGGGUAGCUGGGCUCGACUUAUGGGACUUAUGGGGGGGCUCCUUCCCCCCCCCACCCGCAGCUUGAGGCAAAGCAGCCACAAGACUACUGUUUUCAAGACCCGUGGGUGGGGGAAGGAACGGAGUCCCCUACCUU